AAAGCAGAUAGGGAGACCGCCGGAGAAAGAAACACUUGACUGGAGGUAUAUCGGUCCAGCGGGAGGAGUACGGACAACGAGACCACGGUCCAGAAACAACAGUGAGUCUGUGCUCUGUGAGAAGGUCUGGACAGGAGCGGGACGUGAGCGCUGACGGUUUGGUGCAGUCGGGCGCAGCAGGGGGGCAGAAAGGGGAGCGCAUGAGGAGAGGGCGUCCCGAGACCCCCGUCUCCACACUCCGCGCUCUCAAACACACGUUCACGGACACACCGCGCCUUGCAAUCCUCCAGCCGCCAUGAGGUCCAUUCGGUCGUUCGGGAACGAUGACCGUCACGUCAUGGCCAAGCACUCCACCAUCUACCCUUCCUCCGAGGCCCUGGAGGCGGUGCAGAGCCUCGUCUCCACCGUGGAGCGCGCCCUGAAACACGUCUCUGAUUGGAUGGACCAAACUCAAGCCAGCCAAUCAAAUCAACCAGAUUCAUCCAGCACACAGGAGGACGGGACGGAGGCCAGCGCGGACGAAUCACCAGAAGGCAGCACAAACGAGGACAGCAGCUGUAGUGGGGGUCCCAGUGAAGGACGGGUGUUGUGCGGCGUCAUGAGGAUCGGUCUGGUGGCCAAAGGCCUCCUGAUUAAAGAUGACAUGGAUCUGGAGCUGGUGCUCAUGUGCCGAGAGAAGCCCACCGAGACUCUGCUGUGCACUGUCUGUGACAACCUCCCGCAGCAGAUCGAGAAGUUGACAGAGGAGAAGUAUGAGGUACAGAGCUCUAUUCCAGAUGCCGCCAUCUUGGUCCGCACCACAACAGACCCCAAACUCACUCUGAAGGUGACGCUCACCUCCCCACGGAUGCAAGAUGAUGGUGAGACGGAGGAGCAAGAGAGCGUUGAGUCGAGCGAGCCGGCGGACCUGUUGGAUAGACAGAGGUGCCUGGUGGCGUUGGCCUCUCUGCGACAUGCCAAAUGGUUCCAGGCUAGAGUUAACGGGCUAAAGUCGUGCGUGAUCGUCUUGCGAAUACUGAGAGACAUGUGCACUAGAGUCCCUGCGUGGGAGCCUCUGAAAGGAUGGCCUUUGGAGUUGAUAUGUGAGAAGGCCAUCGCCACGUGUAACAGACCUCUGGGAGCAGGAGAGGCUCUGCGGAGGGUCAUGGAGUGUCUCGCCUCUGGCAUACUGCUUCCAGGUGGACCAGGCCUGCAUGAUCCCUGUGAGAAGGAGCCGACGAACACCUUGUCGUCCAUGACAGAUGAGGAGGCAGAGGCCAUCACAUACAACGCACAGCAUGCUCUGCGGCUCAUGGCCUUUGGGCAGAUCUAUAAGGUCUUAGAGAUGGACGCUCUUCCCUCAAGUAAACCUUCACAGAAAUUCCCCUGGUCGGAUAAAGAAGGUCUAGGGCUGAAGAGACCUUAUGAAGAUGGUCUGCUGGAUGACAAAGACCUCAUCAAGAAGAUGAAACGCAACCUGAGAAAAGCAGUCCUUGACAGUAAAGCAAUAGACUCGAAUCAGCCCAUGAACGCUCUGAUGCGCUUGAACCAGAUCCGGCCGGGGCUGCAGUAUAAACUGCUGUCUCAGUCAGGUCCGGUUCACGCCCCCGUCUUCACCAUGUCUGUAGACGUCGACGGCACUGUUUACGAAGCCUCUGGCUCCUCGAAGAAGACCGCCAAGCUGCACGUGGCUGUGAAGGUGCUACAGGCGAUGGGUUACCCCACAGGCUUCGACACAGACCUGGACUCCAUGAGUGCAGACGAGAAGUCGGACGGGGAGGGCAAGAGCGAAACGUCCACACACUCAAGCAAUAACACAUCACACUCCUCAGACAGCUCCAACACAUUGGAGGUGCGAACUCAGGGUCCUAUUUUGACGGCCAGCGGGAAGAACCCAGUCAUGGAGCUGAAUGAGAAACGCCGCGGGCUGAAGUACGAGCUCAUCUCAGAGAGCGGAGGAAGUCACGACAAACGCUUCGUCAUGGAGGUGGAAGUGGACGGGCAGAAGUUCCGUGGCGCAGGACCCAAUAAGAAAGUAGCCAAAGCCAGCGCUGCCCUCGCGGCUCUAGAAAAACUCUUCUCCGGGCCUAAUGCUGCUGGCAACAAGAAGAAGAAAAUAAUCCCUCAGAGUAAAGGGGCAUUAGCUGCUGCUGUGUCUGCGGUGGCGGUCCAGGCAGCACGAGGGCGAGGAAGACCCACCCUCACGCGAGGAGCCUUCGUCAGCGCUGCGGCAGCACCUGGAUACGUCACACCAGGCUUCGGAGCCCCGUACGGGUACAGCGCAGCGGCCGCCACUCCUGCAUACGGUGGUCUUUUCAUUGACAAUCCCUUUUACCAGCCGCGGACCAUCGCUCCUUUUUUUAUUCACUUGGGUCCUCAAGAUCUCUUCUCUGACUUCUAGAACCAUCAGGUUGUGUGGCUCUAAACUGUCGUACCACUCCAGGCUUGACCAGGCUGUCUCCACUACACAGAAACAGCCCAAACUUCAUACACUCUCCACCAAAACCCAUCCAUACCCAACCUAAGGAUCCAAAAACGCACCAAUCUUACAAAAGCAAUACUCUAUUUGACUUGCUCGUCCCGAAAACCGACUGGGGACUUCGGUUCCUUCUUAUAUAGCAAUACACUUGAACUCUUUUGGGCUUUAAGCUUACUUGAGAUGUGAAAUGUUCGGUUGAGUCUUACUCAAACUUGGCAUUGCAAUAUAGUCAUUUUCAUUGUAUAUUCACCACAUGUGUAUUUGUGGCUAUAUUAUAAAUACAUGCAUAUAUAUGUAUGGUCUAUGGCACUAUAAAUAUAUAUGUGUAGAUAUACCUAUGUACUUAUGUAUAUUUAUAUACAGUAUAUAUACAUAUACAUAUUAUUGGUAUUGAUUAUUUUAGAAUUGCAAAGUGAUAUAUAACCAUUAUACUAAGAUAUAACUUUCUUCCAGUUUUAUAUAUACAGUAUGAGCAUAUAUAUAUAUAUAUAUAUAUAUAUUCCAAGCAAUUUAAUCUCGUAAAUUAUUCUUGUGAACAUGCAAUAUGAAAGCCCUUUUCUUAAUCUACCUGUAGUAGAUUAGUAAUGCUUCCUUCUCUCCGACUCGAGCAGCUUCGCCGUGUCUUUUCGGCAGAUCUGUGCGAGUGCUCGCGUCUGUUUUUUGCUCAGUCGACCAAAGUCUGGCGUUCUGGUUGGGUUAAGAGGUCAUCCUCCAAACAUCUGGCCACUGUGCCGCCUACAUCCGCACCUCACAGACGUUCACACAGGUCUUUCAAAAGCACAUCCGACGGCAGAUUUGUUUACACUUUCUGCCCGUUGACAGAGGUGCAUACUCGUACACGUAAUCGCGGUAUGAGGGGCAGCUAAUGUGACCCGGUCACUCAUCAAUUUCCCCUGCAAAAGCACAGGUGACUCUCUUUAAUAUGGCAUACAUGUAAAUGGCCCUUCAUUUGCCUUUCCAUUCAUUUGUCAUUAUUAUCAGGCCUGUUUCACAUGCACACAAAAGUGGUGCAUAAUUGGACAUAUUUAUUUUAGUGCACAUGUUGCAACAUUCGCAUUGAGCAUGAGCUUGCAUUGCAGAAACAUAGCUGCAAGUAUCUGUGCUGUGCCUCUUCUUGCCGAAAAUGUGCUUUGAACACAGUAGUUUGCAUUAAAUGUACACUUUAUACACUGAAAGUAGUUUUCUAUUCAGUAAAUCUGCCUGAAUCAAGAUCAUUGAAGUAGUUUAUAACUUAGCUUUGGGUUUAGGCUCAGUUCUGUGUAGGUUAAUUUAGAUUCGGAUGCAAAUGUGAUGUGAUCCUUGAAAAUUUUCAUGAUGAGUUAAUAAUUCUCAGUGGCUAGCACCCAAUAAGUAUUUAAUAAUUUUUGGUUGAUAUAAAAAAAAAAAUGCAGUGUAGGAACGCAGAAAUCACUAUUUUCUGGUUCAAACUGCAGUUUAGCAGAAACUGUCAUUGUGAAAGUGCAAUACGUUUUCCCGCCGCGCACACGUGUGUUGUGAAACAGGCCUGUUGAUGCAGCAGCGUCUGGUCGCGCAUUACCUUUGUGUUUUUCCUCAGUGGGUCUGUUGUAGCGCAACUUUAGGCUAUCUAAUUAAUACCAGCACUAAAAGAACUCCCGCAUAUAAACCACAGCAGUCUUGAAAAUAAGCUUGAUAUUAUUUUCGCUGUGCUAUAUUUGGACUUGAAGCUAUUUGAAGAAGCAUCAUACCAUCAGGAUUGUAUAACUAUAGUCUGAUUCUAAAUGCAUAUAGUCUAGUUAUGAAAGUAAUUCUUAUAUCAAAAUGUCCUUCUUAUUACCUCCUCAUGUAAGAAUAGAUGAUUCAAACAAUAUCACUAGUAAUGUAUUGAUGUUUGUAUGUCAAAAUACUUUUGAUGUUACUGUGCAUUCAAUAACCAAUGGAAUGUUACAAUUUCUCACCGAAGCCCAAAUGUAAAAGGCCCAAAAAUGUCACAAAAAUAGGACACGACUGACAUACUUCACCACCCAGCUAUACUGAAUGUGUCCCCAUGUAUUUAGUCAUAUUUUAGCUGUUGUGUUUGAAUGUGAAAUAUUGUAGCUCUCAAAUAGGAAAAGAUGGGACAUUAUCACAGAAAUACUACAGAAUAGUACUAGUUUAAUAGUAAUAGUUCAGUGAUAGUUUAAUAAAAGCAAUAGUACAACAUGCAUUAUAUAAUAGUAUCAGUUUACAUUUCCUGACAUUUUCUUUAAGUGGAAUAUUUUUCAAAAUAAAUUCAUUUUUCUGUUCCCCAACCAGACGAGACUUCAGUCACUUUUGAAUUAGAGCUGGUAAGUCUUGUAUGGGUAAGUUUUGUGUGGAAGUGCAAUAGAGAGAAAAGCACAUCAAAAGACCCUGCAAUGACACAACAUUAGAUGGCCUUUAUUUCUCUUUGAGCUUUUAUGAAUGAUCGUCAAACACACAAGCCCCUUUCCACGAUGCCACAGCAGCAUUACACAGUUCUGGGGGUUAACGCUAUUAAUGUUAUAUUGUGUUCGGAAAACACAGGGCUUACAAAGUGUAGCAGGGAAUGUUUUAAUUUCUACAUAACAGCGAUUCAAAAUCUUCAAAAUUAUUUGUUUAAUUAGUUUGCAGAACAUAAAACCCUUGAUGGGUGAGAAGUCAACAUGAAAUCAAAAUUGACCUUCUUAAUACACAUUUUAUUGGCAUACAUACAUGGCAUAUAUAUAUAUACACAUAUACACACAAUAUUUUCAGCUAACUGUAACAAAUGCGUUCGCAAUGACUUUUAGCGGAUGUCAACAAUUUAUCAGUGCAUCUCGUCUAAUUAUUCUAAUCCAUUUAAUUCUUGAUGUUUUUCACUUGGAAAUACACAAUAUUUAUGUAACGUUUACAGAAGUGAGUUGCAAAUGCCAUUUCAUGUUGACCAAGAUUACCUCGUUAUGAUUUCUCUCACGUGCUGCAAAAUAUUCCAUAUUUCAAAGCAAUGUCUCAUAGUGAGUGAAGAUAAUACAGGAAUGUUUCAUUAAUUCAAAUCAAAUGUAAAAAGCCAUAUAGUUUCUUAAUGAACACCAGACGUAGCUGCAUUAUUUUGCUGCACUGCUUAAAGCAUCAGAAUAGUCUCCUGAACUAAAAAUACUGUACGUCUCUCUUCAUGCCAGCCUGCUUCCCCAGGUGCCAUCGACAGCCAGAUGGCCUUCAUAAAUCUGUUGUGAGGACUCAUAUUUUAGUUCAGUUUAAGUUUUAAUUCUGCUCAUCAAAGUCUAGCGGAGCUCAUCAGCUGUGUUUGAAUCUCAGUGGUCUAUCGUAGAGAGAAGACAUUUGCACAGCUGCAUCUCCUGUCAAAUUAAGUGUGGAGGUGACGUUUGAAAUCAAAUUACAAUAAAAGAGCCAGAGAGGCUUCGGAUCUGACUGAAAUAAACCGGGCUUGGUUUUCUUGGAGCCAACAAAAGUUUGUUUUAUUUUCGAUAGUUUGGAGGCUCAUGUAUUAUGUCACAGUUUGUGGGCGGAGCCUCGCUAUCUUGCACAAGAUUGUAGACCACUUCCCUAAGCUCUACUCAGGUGGAUGUCAAAUAUAUCUUUAGAUACAACAUCCGCUUCUGCUAUUUUAGCACUCAUAGAUUAAUGUGUAAGACCCAGGAGGCAGCAGUUAGACAUCUAGAAACUAAGGUGCUCACCUGAGCGUCACAGGUUCAGGUCCCUAAUAUCUUCUACAUGAAUCCAGAUGCAUCUUUUUCUCCACGUUUUGGGGCGAAAACUGAGCUUUUGAAGAUGCUCUCCAAGUGCUUGUUUUAGCAUUGUAGUGUGGACUGUGAAAACCGACAACGAAGCAUGUUUAGUCAUGUGACGCAUAUUUUAAACCUAGAUUAAAGGCUUAAACAUACAUUUGCCUGUUAUGUGCUGUUCACUUCACAGUGUUGCUAAAGGUAAAUGUUCAAUGCACAAUCUUAAUAUUACAUUCCCACAAAAAUGACAAAAAAUUACUCCUAGUUUCUGUGCUUUGGCAAAAUAUGAGGACAGUCGGGUUUCAGACCAAACAAAUCAUGGUGAUUGAGUGUGACCUGAAGCACCAGUAAGUGGUGGAGUGUUUUUGCAAAUAAAAUGAUUCUAGGGUUAAUGGCAUUUUUUAAUUUAUUUUAGACUCACUUUGCAACAGAAUGAUGACCAUUAGAUUUAGUUCUAAUGAGACAUUUUCCCACAAAUAAACGCUGAUGUUAAAUU